CUCGUUUGCAUUGCUCUCAGUCGUCAGGAAAGGCUUAUGCACAUCCACGUGGACGCAAUCUCGCCAGAUCUAGACCGAUGGUCGUUCUCUCUGUAUGUUCUUUGCCGGAUCCAAAGGAGGUGGACUACGAUCACUUGUUUGUCCGUCUCAUGUCUGCUCUGGAUCUCUUCGUGGAAAACGACUACAUCGUCAUACUCUUCGCAUCUGCCGGUCGCCACCGACCGGGGUGGAACUGGCUUUGGAAGGCGUACAAGGGCCUCACUAGGAACUAUCGUAAGAAUUUAAAACGGCUCUACAUCGUUCAUCCCACGCUAUUCACGAAAACCCUUGUGCAAUUUAUCAGCACUGGCUCUUACUUCAUCUCGCCGAAAUUUGCACGCAAGAUUGUGCAAUGCUCCACCCUUGCCGAGCUCGGGCAACACGUGCCAUUGCAGCAAAUUGAGCUUCCUCCAGAGGUUCUCACUCACGAUCUGGCGUUGACAAAAGGAGAAGAAGCCAAGGCCUCUUUCUCCACGCAAGAAGCAGGUGCCUUGGAUGCAACGAAGAAGGUCUUCGGUGUGCCGCUAGAGCAUCUGAUGGGGGAGUCCGGCGAAUAUUGGUCUAUCCCACGCGUCGUCAAGGAUUCCAUAGAAUUUUUGCGUCACCCUCUGCCGGGCUCGGAAGACACAGGCGAGCUUCUCAUGGAUACCGAAGGAAUUUUUCGACGCUCACCCCCUUCAAGUCUAUUGCGUGCGGCUCAGAUGGCGUAUGAUGGCGGCCACCCUGUCAACCUUGAACGAUACGGCGACGGCCCGGCAUCAGCUGCACAUUUGGCGGCGUCGUUACUCAAGACGUUCUUGAGACGCUUACCAUCACCGCUCUUUCCGCCAAGCUUGUAUCCGCUCGUCAAAGCGUGCCCUCUACACGACCCUGGCGAGAACCUCGCCGAUCUCGAGGACACGUUGGAGUAUAUCAGAUCACGUCUCUUACCAGCUCUCGCACCGCCCUGUAAGAUCACUUUGCUCGCGACAGUAUGCGAGCUUCUGCACGACGUUGCUCAACGCUCACAACGGAACAAGAUGGACGCAGCAAAUUUGGCGACUGUCAUCGCCCCCAACUUGGUGCGAGGCUCUGAUCCCCUGCGCGACGUUGCGAUGUGCAGAGUGGAAGGCAUUGGUAGCAUGCAUUCGACGGUCUCCAACAGCGGCGGUAAACCUCAAGGUCCACGUCCUGCAACUCUCAGUCGUGGUGCAACAAGUACUCCUGACUCGAACGCCACAGACGUCAAAGGUCCAGCCGGCGGCGAUCGUACUUUAGGCACGGUGCUGCGUAUUUGCGUAGAACACGCCUACGAGAUCUUCCCUGCUGCUCCUGUGGAGCCGCCGAUGAACACUUCGUACUCAGACAGCAUCGACGGCAUCAUCAGCGGCGCCGUCACCCCUGCCCAGCCUUCCAGCCCAUCGGUUACGCGUAACUCGGCGCGGCUGCCUCCCUUGAGUACCAGCGUCAGCACAUGGACGGAUAGUAGCGCAAGCGAAGGCCGACCAAGCAGCGAGCACGCUCUACUUGGACUCGGCCUUUCCGCCCAGACGAAUGGCCAUUCGCAGAAGAUGUCGGCUAGUCAGGGUGAUGCGAAUGUAUCGCCAGCUGGCGCAUCCGAAGCUCGCGGCUGGGCGCGUCCGCGCUCGGGAUCUGCAUCCCAACCAGCAGGACGUGCCAGCGUGGAGCAGUCAACGAGAUCAGCCGAACCCGCACAACACGAGGCCGGAGUGCACCCUUCUUCAACAGCAGCUCGCGGCGCCAGCAUUCGCAGCGUGGGAGGUGCCCGCAGCGGCGAAGGGGGAAGCUAUCGCGGUGCGGGUGGAGGCUUUGGAGCCCUGGGAAAGAGCUCAGCAGGUAGCCUGAGACUGACCAAAGGGCGCCUUGGCUCAAUUGGCAGUGGUUCAAGCUUGAGAGGCGCGUCUACGCUAGCAGCCACGGGUGCGCAUGCGAAUUCCAUCUUUGCCCAGGGGUCGCCACUGGGCAAGACUGUCCAAGGCGAUCAUGCCAUUACUCCUCCCAUGGCUACCGGGAUGGUACGAUAUGCGAGCACAGGUAGCGAGGGCCUCACGAGCUCUCCGUCGGGCGUCAGUCUGAGCGGGGCGAAUGCGUCUGGUCUCUUUUCCAAUUCAAGCGCGAGCAACUCCACGCUCUCGUCUCCAGUGGCCAAAAAGGGGUCAAGCCCGGCGGCACACUCUGCGACAGCGGUCGACGACCGGUCCCCCCUUUCUGCAAGGACUAGCACCCCAAGAACAAGUGCGUCACCGAGCAUCAUGGUAGGAUCGACUAUGGAUGCAGACGUGCAACCUAGCUUAAUGACCGACGCUACAACCACACCACUGAAUUCGAGCAUCGCGAACACUAAUCGAGCGCCAAGCGCACCGGGUCUCUCGGCAGGCCAGCCCAUCUCACGGCAUCUCAGCGCUUCCGGUGGCGGUCGGCCUCUUUCCGAGGUGGUCGAGCACGACGAUGACCAUCUGGAGUAAAGUCUACUGUUUCUUUUUGUUCAUCUUUAGUUCCCACUCAGGCGCGAUAUGUCACCAGACGCACGCAAGGUCACGUUUUGGAAGUCAAUACCCAUCUCACAGGUCUGCACCGCACAAAUGCGUGAGUGUAGACGGCAGGGAUGCCUUGACAGAGGAAAGCAUCCAUUAAGAAAGGAAGCAAAGGGUCCGCGCGAUCAGGACGUCGCUGUCUUGCCCUUUGCUCGUUUUCUCUCAGCUACCCAAGCGUCGAUCUGAGCUUUGAGAUCGGUCGCUAGCAGACGGCACCGAACGAGGUAAGAGAUGAGCUUGAGGAGUCCUCUCGGAGACGA